UCGCUGGUUCUUUAUUGCGUUGAAAUCAAUUAUUCUGUUAAAGGCUCACGGUUAUAAUAAUGCUCAUCUCAUUAUCUGUAAUUUUUUCAAUUUUCCCUGAGUGGGGGUGGGGAUUUAACAAUCUGAAGCCCUGGCAGAUGAUGGAGUGAGUCAUUAUAAUUGCAGGCGGGAUUGUGCAGGAAUGGCUCUCCUGCAUUAAUUCACCGCGGAAGAUCUUUUCUAUCAACCCCGUCUCCGGAAGGCCGGGACCCGUAGUUUGUCUCCAUCCUGCCUCCGCUCAUAUUGAUGCAUUAGGCGUUUCUGCAGUGAGCCGCUGGACGUUGAUGUUUUUAAGGAGGUGUCCCCACUCCUCCCUCUGUCUCUGCCUCUCUUUCUCUCCCCCGCUCCGUGCUGCCGCCGAUCCGCCGGGGUCUCGGUGCGCUCAGACGCGCUCUGCGUUCAGACUCGUAAGCGACCCCACCGAUGGCCCACCAUCAGCGGAACUGCUCCGACCAGACGAUCCGCUCCGGCUGCAGCAGGCUCCCCUAGCGAAGGCAGAGCUGCGAGAGGCUCCUAUUUUGGAAUACCGCAUUGUUUUUAAUUCCCUACCACAGAGAGGAAGGUGAUGAUGCUGAGGAUGCCAUGGUGGAUUUCCCUUUUGUGCGUCUCUGGAUUGAUGCACGUCGGUCACCAGAGCAUCCUUAAUGCCCCAAAUGGAGAAGCCUUGUUGAGCCUGAAGACUCUUCGUGGUGCGGGCAGGUUCGUGGGGAAGGAGGACACGGUGCCUUUGCGCCUGGUGUACGGCAACCACAGUCAGAUUACCCACGAUGAGCUCAGCACCAGGGUGAAGGCCAGCCCGGGCUCCACGCAGAUGGAGCACGUGGCCCAAGCCACCUUUCAAGUUGAUGCUUUUGGAAAAACAUUCAUUCUGGAUGUGGAACUGAACCAUGAUCUCCUGUCUUCAGGGUACGAGGAGAGGCAUUUAUCAGAGAAUGGGAAGAUUGUCGUCACCAGCGGAGGAGAGCACUGCUACUACCAGGGGAAGGUCAGAGACGCUCCUCGCUCCUUUGUGGCUCUCUCCACCUGUCAUGGAUUGCAUGGGAUGUUUUUCGAUGGCAAUCACACCUACAUGAUUGAACCUGGAGGACAGGCCAACUGCAGCGGAGAUGUUCAUAUUCACAUGAUAUACAAAUCUGCUGGACAAGAGGAACAGAGUGAUCUCUUUGGUGGGGAUUUACCAGAGCCACCUUUUCCCAGCCCUCCUUUUCCAGGGUCAAAGGUUGUGCACUGGAGAAAGAAGAGACAGGCUCCACGUUUGUUACGCAGUGUAGAAGAUGAGACCAAAUACAUAGAGCUUAUGGUGAUCAAUGAUCAUGUAAUGUAUAAGAAGCAUCGUCUUUCUGUCGGGCAUACGAACAACAACGCUAAGACAGUGGUCAAUAUAGCUGACAUGAUUUUCAGAGAACAGCUAAACACCCGGAUUGUACUUGUCGCUAUGGAAACGUGGUCUGUGGACAACAAGUUCAACAUCGAUGACGACCCCAUGGUGACACUCAAGGAGUUCAUGAAGUACAGGAAGGACUUCAUCAAGGAGAAAUGUGACUCUGUUCACCUCUUUUCAGGGAAUCAGUUUCGCAGCAACUGGGGGGCAGCCUCCUACAUGGGAGGAGUUUGUUCUCUCACUAAAGGAGGGGGAGUAAACGAGUACGGUAAAACAAAUGAGAUGGCCAUCACCCUGGCUCAGUCUUUGGGUCAGAACAUCGGCAUUUUCUCCGACAAGAAGAGGAUCCUCAACGGCGAAUGUAAGUGUGAUGAUCGAUGGGCCGGCUGCAUCAUGGAUGACAUUGGUUUCUACUUACCUAAGAGGUUUUCCGAUUGCAAUGUGGAGGAGUACCACAACUUUCUGAACAGUGGGGGAGGAUCCUGCCUCUUUAACAAACCUCUGAAGCUGCUGGACCCUCCAGAAUGUGGUAAUGGCUUCGUGGAGCCAGGAGAAGAGUGUGACUGUGGUAGUCCUGCGGAAUGUGCCAGAGAGGGUGAGCACUGCUGCAAGAACUGCACUCUGACCAAAGGGUCCAACUGUAGCAACGGACUAUGCUGCAGAAACUGCCAGAUGGAGCUCAUGGGAGUUUUGUGUCGAGAGGCGGUGAACGACUGUGACAUACCAGAAGAGUGCACAGGCAACUCCAGCCAGUGUCCACAAAAUGUGCACAAGAUGGAUGGCUACACAUGUGAAAAAGAUCAAGGUCGCUGCUUCAACGGAAGAUGCAAAACCAAAGACAGACAGUGCAAGUACAUUUGGGGAGAAAAGGCAACAGCAGCUGACAAGUUCUGCUACGAAAAGCUCAACAUUGAGGGGACAGAAAAAGGAAACUGUGGGAAGGAAAAGGACACCUGGAUCCAGUGCAACAAACAAGAUGUCCACUGUGGCUACCUGCUGUGCUCAAACAUCUCACCUACCCCAAGGCUGGGGGAGCUGCAGGGAGGACUCACCUCUUUCUCGGUCGCUCAACACGGUGCCCCCCUGGACUGCAGUGGUGCGCACGUUCUGAUUGAUGGAGACACAGACCUGGGGUAUGUUGAGGACGGGACCGCCUGUGGAACGGACAGCAUUUGCUUGGAUCACAAGUGUCUGUCCAUUGAACAGUUCAACUUCAGCACCUGCCCAGGGACCACUGACAAGACUAUCUGCUCCGGACACGGAGUGUGCAGUAAUGAGCUGAAGUGUGUGUGUGACCUGGGCUGGACAGGAGACAACUGUUACUCCAGGUCCCCGUUCAGUUAUCUUGUGGUGGGACCAGCUAACCCUAUUUCAGGUAUCACCAGCACCAACAUCAUCAUCGGGGCCAUCACUGGCUCCAUCCUCUUCCUCGCUCUCAUACUGGCAGUUACAGCCUGGUGCUACAAGAGCUACAAAAAGAGACGAUAUGAGGAGUCCGAGGUUCACAGAAGAUUCUGCCGACAAAUCCCCCCCGGUGACUAUGUCACCAAACCGGGGGAUGCAGAUUCAUUUUACAGUGACAUGCCUCCGGGCGUCAGCACCAACUCUGGAUGCAGCUCCAAGAAGAGGUCAGCCUGCCUGUCCCACCUGCAGAUUUGCACACUGUCCUUCACUCCAUCCUUCCCAUCCAUUUCUCAGAACAUCUCAGUGUUUGGUUUCAGAUCUAACGGCCUGUCUCACUCAUGGAGCGAGAGGAUUCCAGAUGCCAAACACAUCACGGACAUCUGUGAAAACGGGAGACCACGAAGCAACUCGUGGCAAGGAAACCUGUGCGGUAAUCGGAAGAAGCUGAAAGGGAAGAAGUUCAGGGCUCGCUCCAACUCCACAGAGACACUAUCCCCUGCCAAGUCCCCUACUUCGUCCACAGGAUCCAUUGCAUCCAGCAGAAGAUACCCAUACCCCAUGCCUCCACUGCCGGACGACCAGAGGAAAGCCAAUAGACACAGUGCCAGGCUGUGGGAAACAUCAAUUUAACUCAGACUCUGCAGAAGAUCCUAAGAAAUUACACGUCUCCUUUUCUACAAAUGGAAAACAGGAAAAAAAAACAAAUAAAAUUGACUCUAAAGCUCCUAAAGAGAGAGAGAGAAAAAUAGAGUGAGACCCCUGAAUAGAAACAAUGUAGACAGGCAUCCAUUUGAGUUAGGAUGUACAAAUAUGUUCGAGGCAAUCUCUGCAAGAAGAUGGAAAGAAACAAGCCUCCUGGAGCUCAGACCGAGCUGGUCGUUUUUUGCUCAAGCCGCAUAAAUAGGGCCGGACCUCCCCCCGCCCCACCUCCCUCCACCCUCACACACACCCUUCAUAGCUCAGCUCUUGUCACCAUCUCUUCAGACACACCCCCACCCACCCUAAGGAGCUGGAGCUCCGCUGAAGGAAGCGAAAGCAGGCAGGAAGUAGCCUUUGCAUCACUCUGAGUCUGCACUGACUGAUUUUUGCAGGAUGUAUUUGAAUUGAAAGUCCAGCAUUGUGUGUAUGAGAGAAGCCCUGAUUAUCAGCUACAUCCUCCUGGUAUAAAGGAAAGAGCACCAGUCAGAUCUGAAGGGAAAGCAUGCAUCUGGAUUAAAACUAACCCAUGCACCACCAGUUAUAUUUCCCAUCUUGAAACAAUCCUGCCCUCCUUUUAUUAUUCUUCCCCCAAAAUUUGCUGAUGUGUGUGUAAAUAUGUACAGUAAAAUACACACAGAGUAUGCGUGUGCUUUUAUUUUGAAAGACAAAAGCAUAGAGAAUACUCAGUUCAUUGUUUUUGCUGUAGACAAGAGGCAGAUGUCUGUAGAUAAAUAUAAAGACCCUGCACUGUUCUUUCAGGGUUUCUGUUUGGUUUUUUUUAUGUCUUUUCAGGAGCUCUUCCUCGCUUUAUCCAUCAACAGCAGAAUGUGUCUUUUUACGUCAUCUUUGCAUUGUUUUGUAAUAAUCUCUGUGAUAAACUUGCAGGUGAUUAUGACAUUGGGAGCGUUACUCAGACAGUUCUGGACAAGUAUUAUUUGAGCAUAAUUAAGAUAGUUUUCUGUGCCAUUUCUCAUUGGUGUAAAUGGACUCGUAUGUGUUUGCUGUAGUUUAUAGACAUAUCACUCGUUGUUUUUGGAAAUGUGCCCCAUGAUUGUACCUGGGAAUGUUUGAGACCAGUGUGAUGCCCUUUUUUUCCACAGGGAGUCUCUCACUUCACUUCACUUGAAUGUGAAACGAAGAGACGAAUGUGGUCGGCUGAACUCCUGACAGGAUCUGGACAUUUUUAAAUGUGCGUUUUGGAUGAAGCGCUGAAGGUUCGAGGUGUUUAAGCCUUUGUAAAUGAUUAACUAUGCUGUACAGUGCUUGCUGUUUGAGCUUGUGAAGACCAAUGGCAUGGCAGUUCUAUAUUGAACCUUAAGUUAUAUCUCUGGUUGGUUAAUUGAGACCAUAACGGGGAAAACGAGCAUGUCACUGGAAGUCUUUAACCCUGCUCCAUUUGUCUUAGGGAUUGUGUCCCGCCGCUGCUCAGCAGAGGGGACUUCACAAAGUAAAGUCGUGUUUCUGUUGCACUUGUGCAGCUAUUUAAGGUGGAAGUCUUGGUGCCUGCUUCCUAACAGCAAGGUCUUUGUAAAGUUCUGACUCGUUACUCUACCUUGUGUAGAGGCCAUCGUCUUAAAGCUCUGACUUUGUUAUUUUACUAGUUUUUCUGUUCCUCUUUUACAUUCAUAGUUCAUGUAUGCAUUAGAUGUGUAUUGGUAAACCCAUCUUCACAAUGUUGAACUAAUAUUGCUUCGAACAUUUAGUUUUUAAGCAUCUUUUUUAAUGUAUGUCUUUGUGUCAGCAUUACAGGGUUCCUACUACUUAUCAAUUUCUAAAUCCCAGAAUCUCCCAGACACAAAUUCCUAGAUUAGUUCAGCAGUUUUUAUACCAUUCUGGACAUUUGAGUUCAAAACACUGACUUAAAGUGCUGAAAAGGUCUGUUCCCCCUUACAGUUUUCUUGUUUUAGCUUUUUAUUUGUCACGCUAAAGCAUUUUAGAUCAUCAAACAUAUUUUAAGAUUAGAGACAGAUAACCAGAGUAAAUAUCAAUUGCUGUUUUCAAAUAAUGAAUCGUUUAUUAAGAGAAAAGGCAGUUGAACUCAACCUGGUUCUAUUUGAAAAAGUAAUUACCCCCUGAACCAAGCAGGUGGUUGUGCCACCCUUGAUAGUUGGUACUGUUUUACAUGGCUGUGGUUGAGUUGAAUUUCCAUAUAGGGCCAGGUUGGUUUGGAUAGCUUUUCCCCUUCAUAAAAUCAUCAUUUAAAAACUUUUUGUAUUUACUUCGAUUGUAUUUGUCAAUAUUCAUUUUUUAAAAAUCUGAAAGAUGAGGAAAAAAAACCCUGAGAACAGAUUAAAUGGGGAAUUUAUUUAUUAUUUAUUUAUUCAAAUCUGACCCAGUUUAAGAACCUUAAGUCUAGUUUAAAUCCUGACCAAAGAGGGUUGAGAGGCUCAAACAGCAGUGAAAUGUCUCUUUUUGAUUUCUAAAUAAAUGUUAUAAUCUAUGGCUUCAGUCAGUAACUCAAAAGACCAAAACCUUCAGUGUUUUGGACGAAAGCUUAAGUUGUGAUUUGGUAAAUCCAGGAUAAAAUAAAAAUUCAAAGCCACCAUAGAAGAGCAUUUACUUUUCAGAAAGUAAAUUUUUCAUUAACUGAAAAAGGACUAUAACUGGAAACUUUUCCAUACUGAUUUAUUUUUCCUAUAUGUAACCAGACAAGGAAAAUAAUACAUAUUCCAUACUUUUACAAACGUUUUAAAGACCAUGUAGGAACCCUGGCAUUAUUAUGUACAGCAACCAUUCAACUGGUAAUUAAGUGCUUUAUAGUAUUAUUUUUUCUUUGCUCUAGAGUUCUGCUCCUCUCGUUUUUUCUGAGGCGAGCAUCAUUUUUAGAGGCGCUGAGUAAAGUUUUAACAUGAUAGAACUGUGUUAGAAGAAGAUAUUCGUUCUGGUGUACCUGGAAUUUGCCCUGCACAGCCCCAGAGCACAGUCUGAGCGACCGGAUGGGACCAUGCAGGCUGCAGGUCUCCGUCAGACCUGUCUGUGGAUUCAGCCUGCAAACACAGCUGGACUGACCAAUCCAAACAGGACAGUGUCCAUCCUUCCAGAUGAGCUGUGGACUCCAUCUCUGGCCGGAAACUUUGAAUAUAUUUGCGUACUCGAGCAGACCAACGACUUCGGUGUGCUCCUGUCCGGCCAGACUCGUCUGCCCUCGACUCCAGGAACACCGCAGUUCUUUUUUUUAAAUUAUGAUUAUUUUUACCUGUGUGCUGUACAGAUAAUUGAUGCAAAAAUCAACCCACUUAUUUUUUUCUCUUCAUCAUUGACUAUUGUAAUUAAUUUACUAUAAAAUAAAACUUUCAUUCAAACACAAA